UCCGGGUCUAGCCCUCACCACAGCACAGUUGGUAUGUUGUCAAGAAGGCACUUGCGAGACCCAACUUAGUCGUCUACACACAAUCGCCGCGUGAAUCGCAACUGGAAUACUGAGCAUACUGAGGACCGCAUUAGCAGCAGCCUCACUCCUCUUAGUCUUAGCCUUGUAGUUGUACGCCACCACACUCUGACUCAUGCUCAACAGUCUACAGCUAGCUAUGUACAUGCACGAUGGUUGAGGGCUAGCACUCGCGUUGUACAGGCGACGAACUGCAUCGCUGCUACUGUUGGUACCAUCAGAUGCUACAGCCUCGUCCGUUCAGUGAGUCCAACACUAUCAACACCCACGUAUGGCCACACGCAUACACACACGUACGUCCCCCAUCAUCAUGGCCCCGCGCAGAGUAAACACUAAUGCUGAUGUCCUGCUGAGACAGCGCUGACAGGGAACUUGGAAGGGUAUAAGAGGAGAGGCUUGCGCCACUCCUGCUGUCACUGAACCGUGGUUCUGCUCGUAGGCACCUAUCCGCGGCUACCGGUCCAAGCAGGAGAACACCUAAGCCGCCAGUCUAUUCCGGGAGGAGGGACUGCGUCAACAGGCAAGGGAAGAUGUCCUUUCAAUCCUUUCUUAUACCACUCCUGCUCUUGAGCUAUGUCAACAUGUACUACUGUCUCAAAACUAGUAAAGGAUGCUGGAAAUCCGUUGACACCAAACAGACGUUCCUGGGCCUUGCGGAUCGGCCUCUACCUCUGGCAGAGUUCCGGAAAACUUUGGAUGACACAUCCGCCCAAGCGAACGCACCCGCUGGUUAUACUGCAGACUUUAGCAGCAGAGGUGAAGCGGGCGGCAGUGACAGCAGCAAUGUUGUGAGUGACCUGGAGGCUGACAUGGGUUGGCUGGAUGUGAACAUGGACACAGGGUACGUGACGGCUACGAACGUCCGCCUCACCGACUGUGACAUAUCUCAGCCCGCCUCUCACGUCAACGGCCACAAGUGGCUGUCCAAGGAGGUUCUGAGGGAACGUCUUGGAGAGCGAUUACGCGGUCACACCACAAGAAGCAAUAGUAAUUCUGACCAUCAGCAGCAGCAGACCCCUGUGACUAGCACUAGUACCGGCAGUACCAAUACUAACAGUGAUAUGAUUGAUGCACAGCGCCGCCGUCGCCGCCGUAAACGCGAGGUUUGCGGCAAAGAUAAUCGUCAUCGGAUCCACGCGGCUACCAACUAUCCCGGAGCAUCCGUGCUGAAGGUCAUUCUUGAUCACAACCGCUGCACGGGAACGCUGAUAAGUCCCAUGCAUGUCUUGACCGGUGCUCACUGCAUCUAUAACUAUACUGUGGCCGCUUUCAACGUGGGAUAUCAACACACGGUGGUGGGUUUACCCAGGCCGAACAAGACCAGUCCGUGGAGGAUAGAUUUCUACACGCACAGGGUAGUGGGAAUGUACCUUCCAGCACGCUACGUCGAGCCGCGCGGGGCGAGACGUGAAGAGUACGACUUCGCUGUGCUGGUGUUGCGACACUGCCUGCGACAGCCCUACAUGAAGGUCUCCAGUGUGCCCCGCCACUGGAUGCGUAUGAAAGAGCCGCGACCUUCGCGCAACUGCAAGGUCCGCGGUGCGUCCAGUAAUCACACCAAUCUGCACAUGAUUGCCUUUGCCGAGGACAAGCGUCCCAACACGUCCCUGUGGUAUACAUCGUGUAUCAUGCACGGGGUGCAGCAUGGCCUGUUCAAGCAGUACUGCGAUGCAGUGAUGGGCAGCAGUGGCGCAGCGCUCUACACGUACCAGCCAGAGGAGAUCACGUUCAACGCGGGCAGGUCCGUGGUGGAACGGAUAGAACAUCGGAUCCGGGGCGUGUUCGUGGGUCACAUGACGUCACCAGGGUACAACUUCAACAUUGGCCUGGCUAUAACGGAGGAGAAGUUAGCAAUGAUUUGCCAGUGGACCAGGGCAUGCGACUUGCCCAUCUGGGAGGACAUCCGGAUGCUGCGGAAACCCUUCAAGAAGAUGCUUGAUCAGGAGUACAAACAAUUGCGCUGCAAGAGCAGGAAGAAGUCGAAGUUCAUUUUCCCAAAGGCAGGGUAAACCAGGUUAAGUUAACACGCCAUCUUCUACCACUCCUGCUACUGCAAUGAAGUUCAUGUCCCCAAAAGCAGGGUAAACCAGGUUAACACGCCAGCGCGACAUUGUCUACCACUCCUGCUACUGCAAUGUUUAUGUAGGACUAAGUAUGUACCUGCGUGAGUGACUGUCUUGAGAUAAUGUUACUUGAAUAAUUCUGCCAGUGUCUUAUUACACGAAUAAGCACAUUCCACGAACUAUCCAGAUUUGAAGAACACAGAAUUUAUGAUUAUAUUGUUUUCAUCAGAACGACACCCUGUCUGAAUUCUGACACGCCAAGAGUGCGAGAAUCCUUCAGAAAAGCACUUCUUGACAACGAACUGACAAAUGACAGCAAUAAUUCUGACAAUCAGAGUUCAUUUCACGGACGAAUUGCGGAUAGUAAUCGACACUUGCCAAAUGUCGCCACCGCACGUCCAUAAUCACGCACAGAGAAUGUUGCAGCGUUAGCGAAGUGCAGCGAGGGAGGCUUGACAAAAACUGAAAAGGAUGCGUACAUGAUUGACAUAAUUAUACUACCAUAAGUGUAGUAUUUAUGUAGUAGGGUUCACACAGUCAUACUAUUAUUAUGUAAUUGUCAGUUCUGAACUUCUGAUCGCAAGCAAGGACAGUUAGGCUCUAGAUAA